GUCAAUGUAGUGGGGAGGUUUAAAAUGACAAGCCGAAAAGGACUUCUAAUGCAACUUAAGUGUUUUUUUCGACAUGCUUGGUGUGAUACAGGUUACACCUUAGUGUUAACUGAAAGAUAGUGCACUGCAAAGAUGUGAAGGUAUGUUUAUAUUGGAUGAAUAUUCACGUAAUAAUAAAAAGUCUUUCUUUGAAAGUCAAGCGGCAUUCUUUGGAAGAUUUAUUUUUAAAAUUAGAAUUAUAUAACCUGCAAUCGAUACCUUAAAAUUCUUUCGAUGGGAAAUUCAAAUUUACCAGUAUUAAAAAUCAACAAAACUGUUUUGACAAGCGCCCCUUGUAGAACACAGACAAACAAACAAACACACGAACAAAUAAAAAAUAAAAAAUGACGCAACUAUGAAAAAUGUAAAAAUAGACAAUAAUACUCAUCUGAUCAUUUUUAUAAAUAUCUUUCAUGCAAUCAUCGAAAUGGUUUCUCCUUGUACACUCGCGUCGUGUGUGAAUACUAUGAAGAAGCUGCGAGGCUUUAAAUCUUAAAUACGUGCUACGAAAAUAUUAAAGAUGUUUUUGAAAAAAAUAUUAUUGUUGGGUAUAGAUUGUUAAACAAAAGACAUUUCAACGUUAACACAAUCGAUAUCUGUCCACCUGCUACCUCAAUGUUGGUGCACCUGAGCAUUGCCGGCUGGACAGUUGAAUUUUCUUUCGUAUGGACCAAAAAAUAACAUCUCAAAGUAAAAUAAGUACGAGUUAUGGCUAUUAGACAGCACUUUGGCAUUUUGCCCCUGUUGCGACGCUAAUUUCCGUUCCUUGGAGUUUAAAGGUUAAAUAUUUUUAAUUAUAAGAAUGAAAUCUACGAUAGUUCUUGUUUGGUGUUGCUUUAUACAAAGCUUGAUUGCAGUUAAUAUAUGGGACAUCAUUGAAAAAGCAAAUAAUGAAUCAACCAAAGCAAAGAACCAUAAUAAAAGGCUAUUUGGAGGACCUUCAAAUGAUGAAUCGAGCAUCGUUGAAGGUGAUAUUUUAAAAGAUACAAUACCAGCACCAGCUCCAAGAUGGGGAGCAGUAUUUAACUGGCAUCGAAAGCUAUGGAUGGGUAGGAUUGUACCCUAUGAGAUUACUGGUAAUCUAAGAAACAGUGGAAGCAGGAAUGUCAUCGAACAAGCUCUAAAGACAAUAUCUUCCGUUUCGUGUUUAAGUUUUCGCGAGAAAAUAUCUUCAGACGUUUACUGGAUAAAGUAUUAUGUUGGAAGCGGCUGCUACUCCGGUGUUGGUCGCAGAUACUUUGAAAAGAACCAGCCAAGAAGUAUCUCACUUGCUCCAUUGUGUGUUCGACAUUCUAUUGUUCUUCAUGAGACACUCCAUGCAUUGGGGUUUUAUCAUGAACAAAAGAGAGAAGACAGAGAUUCCUUCGUAAAGAUUUAUAAAGACAGAAUUUUAUCAAGAAAGCUACCCAAUUUUUCAAAGAAUUUGAUUUAUGAAUUUGACGCAUAUGGAACACCUUAUGACUAUCACAGCAUCAUGCACUAUGUGAAGGAUGCUUUCAUUAAACCUGGUGUCACUGGUAACACGAUCGAAGCAAAGUUUGAUCCGAACAUUCGCCUGGGAAGUAACUUUAUGUCGACUAUUGAUGUAACUGAACUGAAUCGUCUUUAUCAAUGCGACAUAAAAAAAGGAUGGGGAAAGUGGACAGAAUGGUCACCAUGUAUUGUCAAUGACAAAAAGAGGUGUUUGAAGGCUAAAGUCCGUAUAUGUGUGUCAACGGAUGUGAAGGAAUGUCCUGGUGUUGAUCAAUACGGAGUGCAAGAACAGGUGCAGGAAUGUACUGCAUCAGAAUGUGAAGCUGACAAACAUCGCAAAGAUGGUAACUGGGGACGCUGGGGAGAGUAUUCUAAAUGUUCGGGAAGCUGUGGCUGGGGAAGACAAGAAAGAUAUCGGAAAUGUGACAACCCUGUUCCAUCUGCUACUGGAAAGAAAUGUGUUGGAGCUGACAAGAACAUGAAAUUGUGUCGCAACAAGAGAUGUGGAAGAGCUUUUCCUGGUGAUAAUGACUUUGACAGCUCCAACUGGGGUCAGUGGACAUCAAAAGGUUUUGCGUUGAAACAGACAAGUGGAUGGCGUGAUGGACCAUUCAAAGAUCACACUUCAGAAAUACGAGGAAGUUCUUAUAAAAGUUUUUACGCGUCUGCUAGUGGAAAAUCUGUUUGGGUGCUAGGAUCAGGAACCAUUAAACAACUGUGGAGUCCGUUGAUCAGUAGCUUCAGUGGACCAAAGUGCAUUUCUUUUCAUUACAUGUUAAAUGGGGCGCAUCUUCAUCCAACGCAAGCUUUAAGUGUUUUUAUAAAAGACAAUAAGAACAAUCGAAUCAAUCUACCCUUUAAAAUCGGAGGGCAUCAUGGUAACUAUUGGAGACGACAUUCCAUCAAUGUAAAAGGUUUGGUAGCACCAUUCCAGUUUGUUUUCGAAGUUAAGUUCCAGGAAAAGUUUACAUCAGAAGUCGCCAUUGAUGACAUUUUCUUUGAUCAUAACGCUUGCCAAGUAGGAUUAACAGGAUGUACCGAUGUGAGAAAAGAUUGUCAACAAAUGGCUUCCAAAUGCAACUCAAAAACACAAUUCCGUACAAUGCUAGGAGGAUGUUGCGCCACCUGCAACAAACCUGAAUACGUGAACGCAAAAGAAACAUGUACUGACUCAAAAGAUGGUUGUUAUUAUUGGUCGAAAUCAGAUCUGUGUACGACAGAUACAUACAAAGAUUUUAUGAAAACAUAUUGUUGUUCGUCGUGUAACAAUAAGCCUACGUGUAAAGACGACAAACACGAGAAAUGCAAGAGUUGGGCAUCAGUGGGAGAAUGUAAAAAAAACAAGAAAUGGAUGUUGAUUAAUUGUUGUUCUUCCUGCUUCAAGAUUGAUCCAUGAAUGUGCCAUUUUACCUGCAUGAGUUUGUACGUUACUGCUACUGAUCUUCCAGGAACAUACAAACAAGAGUAGUUGUCUAUGUCAUAAAAAAGAUUUCUUCUAUUUUUUUAUUUGUAGUUUUUUGUAAAAUCAUGUAAUCAUAUACAUACAAUAACAAUGUUA